GCGCGUGAACAGGCCGCUGCGUCACUCGUCACAGUAGCGCCUAAAUCCUCAGACAGACAGGGCUACACCGUUAAGUUAAACAAUCUGCUCUAAGCUUUCAAACUGCUUGAAAGUGACUGUAGAUAAGAAAACGUAACCAUAACCUAGCUAAUUUUAUUUCGUUAUAAUAGUUUCCAUCAUGUUUUGGCCACUGCUGUGCGUAACCGUCGCCUUCGCGUCGACCUCACCCGCCGUCGCGCAACUCUCCAACAGGUACGUGAUCGGAUGUCCGACUCGAUGCGACAAGUCUAGCUGCCCCCGGCUACCUAGCAACUGUUUGGCGGGAGAAUCCCUCGACGCGUGCAGCUGUUGCUCUGUGUGCGCGUCCGGGGAAGGCGAGACGUGCGGCGGUGGCGCGGGGAAGCUGGGCGACCCGAUGUGCGGAGAGGGGCUGGAGUGCUCCGUGGCGGGGGGAGCUGGGAGCUCGGUGACCGUCCGGAGGAGAAGCAAGAGCGGCGUGUGCAUGUGCAAAGCCGUCGACCCCGUGUGCGGCAGCGACGGGGUGUCGUACCGGAACAUCUGUGAGCUGAAGAGGGUCAGUAGCCGGGCGCAGAAGCUCAAGCAGCCGCCUGUGAUCUUCAUCCAGCGGGGAGCGUGUGGGAAAGCCCAUGACAACCCAGACAGCCCGAGACACAAAUAUAACUUCAUCGCCGACGUGGUGGAGAAAAUCGCCCCGUCCGUCGUUCACAUUGAACUCUUCCGCAAGAUGGCGUACUCCAAGCGGGAGGUGGCGGUGGCCAGCGGGUCGGGGUUCAUCGUGGCGGAGGACGGGCAGAUCGUUACCAACGCCCACGUGGUGGCCAACAAGCACCGCGUCAAGGUGGAGCUGAAGAGCGGCGCCUCCUACGACGCCAAGAUCAGAGACGUGGAUGAGAAGUCCGACAUUGCCCUCAUCAAGAUAGAGGCCCCGUCCAAGCUCCCCGUCCUGCCGUUGGGCCGCUCGGCCGACCUGCGCCCCGGGGAGUUUGUGGUGGCGAUCGGCAGCCCCUUUUCCCUGCAGAACACCGUCACCACGGGGAUAGUCAGCACCACCCAGCGUGCGGGCCGCGACCUGGGCCUGAAGGACUCAGACAUGGAGUACAUCCAGACAGACGCCAUCAUCAACUACGGUAACUCAGGCGGACCUUUGGUGAAUUUGGACGGGGAGGUCAUCGGUAUCAACACCCUGAAGGUCACGGCGGGCAUCUCCUUCGCCAUCCCCUCCGACAAGAUCCGGGAGUUCCUGACCGAGUCCUAUGAGCGCCAGGCCAGAGUUGCAAGUUCUGUUCCAGGGCGGGCGGCGGCUAAGAAGAAGUACAUCGGUGUGCGGAUGAUGACGUUGACUCCAGGGCUGGCCAAAGAGUUGAAGAGCCGUCAUCGGGACUUCCCGGAUAUCACCUCUGGAGCGUACGUCAUGGAGGUCAUCGCAAAGACACCGGCCGCCACUGGAGGCCUUAAAGAGCACGACGUCAUCAUCUCCAUCAACGGCCAGCGGAUUGCCACGGCGACGGACGUCAGCGCAGCCAUCAAGAGGGACGCCACACUCAGAGUGGUGGUGCGCCGUGGUAACGAGGACACCAUCCUAACCAUACUCCCCAUGGAGAUCGAACCUUGACCUUUCCACAUUACACACAUGCACACUCACACACAAUGCAGGUGUGUGAUAGGUCCGAACUCAUGGUAGCGUCGCGGCCCCCUAGACCUCAUCAGUGCCUGGCUUCUGGAGAAGAAAAGUAAUUUGGAAAGGAGUCAAAUAGUACAAAUCCUCUGCAGCCCAGGUGUGCGUUCAACAUCCACGUGUAGCUCCCCUCAUAUUCUUGUGUGCCCUGAUGGAUUCUACUACUGUGCUCCGGUGACCAGAGAAUGACGUAUAAUUGAUCUUUAUGUUCUGAUGCUCCCCUUUUGAUGGUUUUUUAUAAGGUUGUUUGUUUGUUUGCUUUGUUUGCAUUCAUCUCUCUUCUCCUCAGUCCAAACAUUUGUGAGACAUUUUCCGGGCACACACAAUUUGUAUAGGCGCCAGCUUAUUAAUAUUUUCGAAAUUGUCCUUUCUCAGUACUGUAUUAAUUGUUUUAUGAAUGUGCUUUAUACUGGAGAAAUAAA